AUGGAGGCUGGUGCUGGCUUCAGCAGCAUGAGCAGCCAGUGGGCAGCGACAGCCCAGCUCUUCGAUUCCAGUUUGCAGAACAGCCUUUGCUUGACACCGUCCUCAUGUGCGAGCACGACACGAACAGCUCCCUUCAGAACACCAACACCACCACCUCGCACUCGGGCCGGGGCCAUGAAAGGCGACGGCAACAGCAGUGACUACUCAGACGACUUUGAAGCACCGGCUCCUCGGCCGCAGCCACCUGGGGCCCCACCGCCACCAGGUCCAACCCCACAACCUGCACCUCGCCCACCUGGCCCUCCUGUGGCUCCUCCAACCUCUUCGGCUUCACUUGCUCCUUCGCUGCCGGCAGCCGCACCAAGCAACCUACCUCCAUCGAUGCCUCCCCCCCUGCCACCAGGCGCACCCGCUGUGCCGGCCGCUCCCGCACCUGCGAGGGCGCCCUUGAUGCCUGAGCCUCCAGCGCCACCGACCACAUCACCUGCACCACCCGCAACUGUGCCUCAAGCACCUCUAGCACCCAGCAUGCUAGCUGCACCCCUCCCGCCUGCAGCACCUGUAGCGCCUGCGCCGCCGACACCUCCAUCGUUAUCAUUCGGCACGUACGCGGGCGAAGCAACACGGGAUGAUGAAAGCUUACUGCGAAUCCUGGGCGAGGUCAGCCCGCCACCACCGCCGGCUCGAUCUCCAACAGCUUCCAGGAGCCCAGGCGGCUCUCGGAAGAGCCCGAGUCGCAAAGGCGAUUCACCUGAGGAAACCACCAAAGUACACGUGGUUGUUCAGCACCUUGCAGAGCUGUGUGAGCCUAUCAGCAUGGCACUUUGCUUGUCGGACUUCAUCCUGGAGAAGGACGUCAAGGUGGCUGGAGUUCAUCUCCGAAGGGGCAUGCGUUUGGUUCCAUGGGAGGGACUGGAAAGAUGCCAGUCCUACGCAAGUCUUCUCCACUGCCUGGAGCAGUCGACACAGCUGACCUUCGAGUGGCCGCAGGUCACACCGCCUGCACCCGACUUCAUGUUCGUCUCCUACGAGUGGAUAUGUCCGCAAUUCCUGCAGCGAGGAUUCGAUGUCCCACAAGCGAGGGCCUUGCCAACACUGAUCCAGGUGCCGGAGGCUUCCAGCGCGGUCGCGCUCCUUCGCCGUGUCAUACCUGGCAUAGAGGACUUCAUCGAUGGGCCACCUCGGAAUCUUUGGCAACUAUCUGGUAUGGACAGAGUUCCUCAGAAGCUGCGAGAGCAUAUCCUGAAAGACUUCACCGACUGGGUCUCUACCACGGCAAAUGGUGUCAGUAUGUUAGGAUGGUGGGUCGGUGGGGCUGUUAAAACCCAUGGACAGCAAGUGCACCCCAUCCACGUAGGCUUCCCUGCAUUCCAAGAGGUCCACCCGCUUGCACAUGCCACCGGUCAGAGGUAUACUCUGGGUAUGAGACUAGAUGCCUCUCAGUCUGGAUUCUGGCACUUGCAGCUCUCAUCUAAGGGUUUUCCUACCAGAUCUUCUGCAGGUGAGACCUGCCGCUUACUGGCCGCGCACUUGCACCGGCCCUUCGACCUGUCUCCUCUGCUGGACGUGGGUUCUUUGGCCAGGUGUCCAGACAGUGCCGCCGGUGUCUUGUUGCGUCGAGAAGCUGGCCGCUUUAUCCCUUUGCGUGAAGCAGCUGAGUACUACGGGCGCGCUGCCCUGCUACUCACCAAAGCUGAAACGCUCCAAGACCAUGAGCUGAACCGGGCUGCGACAGGUCUCCAAUUGGAACGCCAGCAUUUGCUCCACGAGGCUCGCGAGGCGCUGGGCACUGCCCUGCACGGCCUCCCUGGCAGAGGCCAGAAAAAAUCGAAGGAAGGCCCGGGCCCGGAGCGGCGCGCCGGUUCGAGCUCUGAUCCGCGCAUGUGGUACCUUUUGGGGCUGGUGAUGUGCAGCCUUGGAUCGGAAUCAGAAGGGCGACAGGCAUACCGUCAGGCCCUUUCGCUCUUGCCCAAGGGCUUGUUUGCUCAUGCGGUCUACUUCAAUUCGGCCUUGAUCUACUCCCGGGACGCAAUGGCAGGGAACUCGGCUGCUGAGGCAGCCGCAAAGCGUGCCCUACACGAGUUCCGACGCUGCUGCCGUGGCAUGCUGAGGAGCUGUGUGGAAGUGUCUCUCCGGUCAUGUCGCAACGAUGGGUUCGACUGA